ACCUGCAUGAGAAAUUACUAGAGAGAGAGAGGGAGUGAGACAGAGAUGGAAGCCAAGAGAUGCCGCAGAGUGGUGCUAGUUUCAUGCCCAUUCCAAGGCCAUAUUAAUCCAUUGCUUCAGCUUGGAACCAUCCUGUACUCUAAGGGCUUUUCCAUUACCAUUGUUCAUACACAGCUCAAUUCUCCCAAAGCCUCAAAACACCCUGAAUUUGAUUUCCAAGCUAUACCAGAGGGCUUAUCGAAACAAGAUAUUGCCACAGGAAAUUUAGUGGAUAUCAUUUUGGCAUUGAAUGAAAGGUGCAAAAUACCCUUUCAGGAUUGCUUGCUUGAUAUGAUGUUAAAGCAAGACUCUGAUGAUGAGAUUACUUGCGUCAUAUAUGAUGAUCUCAUGUACUUUUCAGAAGAAGUGGCUAAUAAUCUCAACAUUCCAAGCAUUAUAUUGCGCACUAGCAGUGCAGCCAGCCUUCUUUCUCGAUUAGCCAUCCUCCAACUCAAGGAAGAAGGUUAUAUCCCCUUUCCAGAUGCUAUGUCGCAGGAUCCAGUACCUGCACUUCGUACCUUAAGGUUCAAGGAUCUACCAAUUUGUGAGUUUGGAGCCCCGGAGAAUUUCUUUCAGCUGCUGGCUCAUGUGUGUGAUACAAAAACAUCUUCAGCUGUCAUUUGGAAUACCAUGGAUUGCCUUGAAGAACCACUAUUGAUUGAGCAACAACGAAGGCAAUGCUCUAUUCCAAUCUUCGCAAUAGGCCCUAUGCACAAAUUUGCACCAGCUUGUUCCGGCAGUCUCCUAAAUGAGGACAGCAGUUGCAUUGAUUGGCUUGACAAACAAGUUCCCAAUUCAGUUAUUUAUAUAAGUUUGGGAAGUUUAGCUUCCACAGAUGAGAAAGAGUUGGCUGAAAUGGCCUGGGGUCUUGCCAACAGCAACCAACCUUUCUUGUGGGUGAUUAGACCUGGUUCAAUAAUGGGUUCAGAUUGGAUUGAAUUAUUGCCCCAAGGUUUCAUGGAAAGUGUUGGAGAAAGAGGUUGCAUAGUUAAAUGGGCACCCCAAAGGGAAGUGUUGGCACAUCCUUCUGUGGGAGGAUUUUGGACACAUUGUGGGUGGAAUUCUGCCUUGGAGACUAUAUCUGAAGGGGUCCCAAUGAUAUGCAAGCCAUAUUUUGCAGAUCAAAUGGUAACUGCGAGGUUCGUGAGCUAUGUUUGGAGAAUAGGAUUGCAACUGGAGAAUCAAUUGGAUAGAAGUGAGAUAGAGAGAGCUGUAAGAAUGGUUAUGGUAGAUAAAGAAGGGGAGGAAAUAAGGCAGAGGGCUGAGGAAUUGAAGGAAAAAGUUGAAACAUGUUUCAAGAAAGGUGGUUCUUCCAACAAUUCCUUAAAUAAGUUGGUUGAGUUUAUGUUAUCUUAGCUGCCUAAUCUCGUAUAUGUUGUGUCGUAUCAGGGUGGUAAAAGAGCAAAUUGAACUUGGCAUGAAUCUGCAAUUUGAUAAAUAUUGUAAUUGAAUUGAAUUUGUUGUUGGUGUAUGUGUAUCAAGCUUAGAGUUUCGGAACUAGUGGCAUAAUUAUGAAGGUGAAACGUUUAUUUGUGAAGCAUGUGCGUGAUGAAAAUUUCUGACGUGCAUCUGUGUAUGUGUAUUCAUUCAAUAAAAUAUGAUUAAUUAUGUGAUA